CCAAACAAUAUUUGGCAUCUCUAUUGUGUCCCUUAUCAUUUUUCUUCAUCCGCGGAAGUGAUGGAUUUGAGUGAUAAUAGCCAACUGGAGGAUCAGUAUUUCGUUUACAAGCAUGAACAGCUGUUUGGCGAGAGCUUCCCACUGUUCAAGGAGAUCCGGAGGCUGGGCAAGCUGUGCGAUGUCACUCUGAAGGUUGAAGAUCAGACGUUCUCUGCGCACCGCGUCGUGCUGGCGGCCACCAUCCCGUACUUCUACGCGAUGUUCACCAACAACAUGGCCGAGAGCCGGAUCAAGGAGAUCACCAUGAAGGAGAGCGCCAUCGAGCCGAGUGCCCUGGAGAGUCUAAUCAACUAUGUGUAUAGCGGCCAGGUGCGCAUCGACAACCAGAACGUGCAGAGCCUCAUGGUGGGCGCCUCGUUCCUGCAGCUGUCCAACGUACGCGAUGCCUGCGCCAGCUUCCUGAUAUCCCGCUUCCACCCGCACAACGUUCUGGGCAUUCGUACCUUUGCCGACUCGAUGAUCUGCCGCCAGCUGAUCGAUGCCGCCGACAAAUACAUUGACCAGAACUUUGCCAAAGUCUCCCAGUCGGAGGAAUUCCUCUCGCUGGACUGCGACCAGCUGCUGGAGCUGAUGCGUCGCGACGAGCUCAACGUACGCACCGAGGAGGUGAUCUUCGAGGCCUGUAUGAAGUGGGUGAAGUACGCGGAGGACAAGAGAUCCGAACUUUUCCCCCAGGUGCUGGCCGCAGUGCGCCUGCCCUUGCUGUCGCCGCAGUUCCUGGCAGAUCGUGUGGCUCGCGAGGAGCUCAUUCGCUCCUCACACCAGUGUCGCGAUCUGCUGGACGAGGCCAAGGACUUUCACCUCAUGCCCGAGCGCCGCGGUCUGCUGCAGAGUUUUCGUACUCGUCAGCGCUGUGGCGAGUUCUUUACGGGACAAAUAUAUGCCGUGGGCGGACUGGCCAGCACUGGGGAGUCGGUGAGCACGGUGGAGAUCUAUGAUCCGCUCACCAAAAAGUGGAAAAUGGGCGAACAAAUGUCCAUGAUGAGAUCUCGCGUGGGCGUGGCUGUGUUGGAUGGCAAGCUUUACGCUUUUGGCGGUUUCAACGGCACCGAACGCCUCUCCACGGUGGAGGUCUAUGAUCCGCGCAAGAAUAAGUGGUCUCAAGGCUGUGCCAUGCUGUGCAAGCGCAGCGCCGUGGGUGUGGCCGCCCUAGAUGACUGUAUCUAUGUGUGCGGCGGCUACGACGGCGUCACUUCGCUGAACACUGUCGAAGUUUACUACCCCAAGACCAACACAUGGAAAACUGUUGCUCAAAUGAUGAAGUAUCGUUCGGCUGGCGGUGUGACGCAACUGAAUGGCUAUGUCUACGCACUGGGAGGCCAUGAUGGACUGUCGAUAUUUGAUUCGGUGGAAAGAUAUGACCAGAACGAGGAUGCCUGGGUCAAGAUGUCGCCUAUGCUUAACCGGCGCUGUCGGCUGGGAGUUGCCACGCUAAAUGGAAAGAUCUACGUGUGUGGCGGCUACUGCGGCAAUUCCUUCCUGCGCUCUGUGGAGUGUUAUGACCCCCAAACGGACACCUGGAAGCUGGUGACGCCCAUGAACUGCAAACGCUCCCGAGUGGCCCUGGCCGCCAACAUGGGCAAGCUGUGGGCCAUCGGUGGCUAUGAUGGCGAGUCAAAUCUUUCCACCGUCGAGGUGUACGAUCCAGAGACAGACAAAUGGACCUUUAUGCCGCCAAUGUGUGCCCACAGUGGCGGUGUGGGGGCUGGGGUUAUAAGGAUCGAAUAACCCGCAAGGGGCCUCUGGCCAAAUCCGAUACUCUAGCCACUUUCGUCUUAGGUAAAUUAUGUGAAUUGAAGCGAUACAUAUAGUCUAGAUACGAUUGUUGAGUGUAAACCAAGCUUUAGCGGCCCCUACAGGAGGCCGCCUCGUGGCAGCUCAGCUUCUUCAGCUCGUUUAGCUCUUAAAAAACUGUUCAUGUAUUCGUCACGGUCCUCUUAGUGUUUAUAUCAUUCCAGUUAUUUAAUUUUUUAGCUUCUACGCCUAGCCUUAAAUACUCACUAAAAUUGUAAACAUGUAAUCCUUAAUUCAAUUUAAAUCCUUCAAAUAAAAACAUGUGUAAGGCAUGUUGUGAGAAAAUUCA